UCAUCGUUCUUAAAUAUUUUUUGACUCAUUGAAGAAAAUUCUAAUUAUCUUCCUUUAAUAGCAUUUAAAUGCUUUUAUGCAGCUUUUUCUAAAUUAGCAUAUUUCUUUUUAUUUGACCACAUUUUAAAGGGAAAAUAGUAUUAAAAGUGUUCCACCAUCAAAAGAAUACGAUUUCCAUUUGGAAUGCUACAUUUUUCUCCAAAAGUAAAUGGCAUUAGGAGAAACCUGGAUGAUGAUGGUGGAAUUUUGAAGUGUUCACGGGCAACUAAAAGGACUGUUAGGUCACCAUAUCAUUCCAAAACAAAGAAAAGAAAUGAUGAAAAUUUGAAGAUGAGAUCGUUCCAAAAUUUGCAGAUCUAGUUAACACUAUAUGACAUAUCUGUAAUGGAAUCCGUCACCAGGAAAUAGAAGCCAAUUAUUUAUCCAUUCUUCAAUUCCCCCUCCCCCUUCCUUACUGUACAUAUGUAAAUAAUUCUAAAGGUGUACUCAAUUUUUUUAUUUUUUUAUUUACGACUUAUAUAGUAAAGGAUAUAUUCUGCAUCUUUAGGGAAUCUAAUACCACGAAAUAAAAUAACAAAAGAAUAAUUUUUUUGUAGUUGUUUUAAAAGAAUUUUCAAAUAUGUUAUAAUUUUUAUUUAUUUUUAUACACUUGCAUGAAAUCAAGAUUUUAUGCUGAGGGCUUGCAUUUCCAUGAAACAUUAAAAAUUGUAGUUUUGAUUGAUAUGGGAGACAAAUUUCAUGUACAUUUUAUAAGUAAUAAGGGUAUUAAUUCUUAUGAGGCUUUAAUUUUUCGUUUCCAAGCUGACUGUCUGUUUGUGAUUGAUGUAGAGUUUCUUUGAACGAAUUGUUUUAAAAAAUAAUAUUACUUAUAUAAUGGAUAAAUCAUUCACUUGCGAGUUAUGUAAUCAAGUGUUUGCUCGGAACAGUAAUUUAAUAAAGCAUUUACGAAUCCAUACGCAAGAUAAACCAUUUGCAUGUCACAUGUGCAAUAAAGUAUUUUAUCUGAAGAGCUCCUUAAAAACACAUUUAUGGUUGCACACGGAAGAGAAACCUUUUGAAUGUGAUGUAUGUAAUAAAACAUUUGCUCUACCGAUAUAUUUAAAGAAACAUUUACUGACGCAUGCGAAACAGAAACUGUUUGAAUGUGAUGUUUGUAAUAAAGCUUUUGCUACCAAACCAAGUUUAAAACGUCAUUUACAGAUGCAUACGGACAGGAAAAAAUUUGCAUGUGACGUAUGUAAUAAAGCAUUUUCUGAGAAGUACUUAAAAAUACAUUUAUUGUCGCAUACAAAAGAGAAAUCUUUUGUAUGCGAUUUUUGUAAUAAAACAUUUUAUCAACUGACCUAUUUAAAGACACAUUUACGAAAGCAUACUGGAGAGAAACCAUUUGUAUGUGAUGUGUGUCAAAAUGCAUUUUCUACCAAUUCCAAUUUAAAGACACAUUUACUAUCGCAUACGAAAGAGAAACCAUUUGAAUGUGAUGUUUGCAAUAAAGUUUUUGCCAUCAAAAAAUAUUUAAAAUUACAUUUACGGACACAUACAAAGGAGAAACCGUUUAGAUGUGACGUAUGUAAUAAAGCAUUUCGUGACCAGUCAAAUAUGAAAAGACAUUUACAGGUUCAUACAAACGAGAAACCAUAUUCAUGUGAUGUAUGUUUUAAAGCAUAUACUGAGCCUUCAAAUUUAAGAAGGCAUUUACGGACGCAUUCGGACGAGAAACCAUUUUCAUGUGAACUGUGUAAUAUAACCUUUACUCAAAAAGGGAAUUUAAUGGCACAUGUUAGGAGGAUGCAUUAGAAAGAGAAACUAUUUGCUGUUCAACUUUUUCUUGACAAGAUGAUUUAAAGAGACAUUUCCAUAUGCAUCAGAGAAGGAACCAUAUUCAUGUUCCGUUUGCAAUAGAGGUGUUCUCUUAAAAGUAGAAUUUAUAUUUACAGAUAUUAUAAAAAAGAAACGUAUUAAAAAUUCGUAUAAUGAAGUUUCUUUUCGGAGGCCAAAUUUAAGAGCACAUGUCCGGUCACAUAUGGAAUAGAAAACGCAUGCAUAUGACUCUUGUGGUGAACAUCCAUCUCAUUUAGUGUCUAGAAACACAUCUCAUAGAGAAUGAAUAAUACAUGGUGUUUAAUGAAAUGUUUUCAUAGCAAAAGCAUUUCAAUAAUCUUACUGACAAGUACUAAAACAGUUGCCAGUGACAUAUGUAACUUAUGUAUCAUGAACAAAAUACAUUUUGAAUUGAAAUAAUUGUUUUAUCAUUAAAUUUCUAUCUGUGUAUUAUUUGAGAUAAGUGACAGUUUUUUCAUCAUUUCACUGCAUAACAUCGAUCAUCAAUAAUCUGCCAUUAAAUAAUAUCUCUUCAAGUGAUAAAAUACAUGGCAAGAUGUAUAUUUUAAAAAAGUAAUGUUUUUCUUAGUAUUAAAAUGCUUUAACGGCUGGAUUACGCAUAUGAAAUGUGCUCGCAAACACCUGGCACCUGGAAAUUUUUUUUGUAAAAUGCGGAUUGGAAUCGCAUGCCCGUUUUUUUAUUAAUACUUAACCACCGAAUAGGCCAUGUUACAAAGAUAUGGGAAAAAAAUCAGUUUUGAUUUCAUUUAUAUAUUAUUCUUGUAGUUUCUUUUAUUGAAUAUUGCAUCUCAUUACAUCAUUGAUCUGCUAUUCAUGCAUUAAAAGAAAAUAAUUUUUGAAAUAUAACAUUUUAAGGUGUAAAUAUUAUGUAUUGUAUUAUGGAUCUGUCACUUUGAUAUUCAGUGUUGUUUCGGUAUUUAGUAUUUACAUGUAAAAUGUUCAAUGUAAAUUUUCAUUUUAGUAAAUAUUUUUAAACUUUAUGUCAUUUUUCCUUAUGGUUAAUGUCUUAUGAAUGAAUAUUACAAAGAAAAUACUUUCGGCCGUUAAAGGUUAAAAUAAAUGAAUGUUCUAUGUGAUUAAAUAUAUUAAAUAAUUUUUUGUGGUAUAUCU